AUGGUCGUGAUGGCGCUCGUCCUUGGCAUGCCCGCCUCUACGUGUCUCAGCGAAGUCGCGCGUGCUGACGUUAAGGCGGCGGUGGAGGCGUUGCAGGAGGUGGGCCUCGUCCACGGUGACCUUCACCGCGAGAAUGUCAUUGUUCGCGAGGACGGGCACGCAGUGCUCGUGGACUUCGAUUGGUGA